AUGAAUGUGCAAUACAGCGCCAUGAAAUUAAAAUUUAGCAUUUUUCGAUUUAAAGAGAGUGAACCAGUUCUCCCCUUUGGAGAAAUGGCGGAUAAAACAAUUGCCAAGAUUCUCUGCGUGGGAGAAAAAUACUUCCACCAAAAGGGGACUUGUCAGCCGAAUGGAACAUGUGAGAUGCGCAGCCCUGUCGACACGACAUUGCGAGUAGAAGGUUGCUAA